AUGAAUCUUACACUCGCAGAGAAGUGCUGCGCCUUCGAGUCUCCCAUCCUGGAUCACCUUUUGCCUCCGAUACUGAUCCUGGAGUUCAUGUUUGGGCUGAUGGGGAACGUUGUCGCCCUGUGGAUGUUCAUCUUUCACAUGGACGAGUGGAAGCCCAACUCGGUGUACCUGACUCACCUGGCUGUUGCCGACUCCAUCGUGCUGUUCUGCCUACCUUUCAGAGCAGACUACUACAGGCGUGGGAAACACUGGCUGUACGGCGAUGCCCCAUGUCGUAUCCUGCUCUUUCUGCUGGCAGCCAACCGUGCGGCGGGGAUCUUCUUCCUCACCGCCGUGGCCGUCGAUCGAUACUUCAAGAUCGUCCACCCCAUGAACCGGAUCAACCGAAUGGGCCUGGGCUACGCUCUCUGGGUCUCCCUUGGCCUCUGGGGUCUGAUUUUUCUUGCUACCGGGUACCUUCUUGCUGAUGAGCACUUCUUCUACAAUAACAACCGUACACAGUGUGAGAGUUUCAACAUCUGCAUGGGCUUCAACCCCCUCUCCACCUGGCACAACACUUUCUACGUGGUCCAGUUUUCCCUGCCCACUGCCAUCGUCGCCUUCUGCACCAUCAGAAUCACUUGGCAGCUGAAGAGCAGGACUAUUGACAAAAAGGGGAAAAUCAAACGGGCCGUUCAGUUCGUGUUGGCUGUUGCUUUGAUCUUUAUUAUCUGUUUCUUCCCCAGCACUGUAUCACGUAUCGCUGUAUGGAUCCUCAAGGUAUGGUAUGAUGAGUGCAAACACUUUGAAGAGGCCAACCUGGCGUUCUACACGUCGGUGUGUUUCACGUACUUUAACAGCGUCCUCAACCCGGUGGUGUAUUAUUUCUCCAGCCCUGCCUUUAGUGGCACCUUCAAGAAUCUCCUGAAUAAACUGCUGAGAAGGAGCAAUGACAAAGAUCAGGCAGAGUCAACUGAUAAUAUUUCCAGCAUUGAUGGUAGAAAGCUAUAAAGACAGGAGCUGUUGUGUUCCCUGCUUACAUUGCAGGGUCACUGUGAAUUUUAACUGGUUACAUGACUGCAUAAUACAACUUAAAGGCCUGGCUAUUGAAUUUUAUUAAGCCAGUUUAUAACUUAGAAAAAUGUAGAAAAUUACCCACUCAAAAAAUUAGCAGCUUUGUGUCGUGUACUUGUAUUGGUGUAACAUAAACCCUUGUGAGUGUGGUUGGCGCGUACAAUAAGGGAACUAUCAGCCAUUAAAACUGAAUAAUAGUAAUAGAAUAGUAAAAUAUUAACUGCAAAAGCUUGUAAAGGUUAUAAUUGUUAAGAUGUUAUAUACUGCAUCAUUUUUCUUUUUUUAUCCUUUCAAUUGUCAAUCAUUUCCACUCUAAACAGCAGACACUGAUUUUAUACCAUCAAUUAAAAUAAUAUUUACAGGACAAAUCAGUUGAACAGCCAUAGGAAAGGUCAAAGGACUUCAGUGCUAUGAGUCAACUGUCAAUAAACGCACAAUUCACACAUUCACUGCAAGGUGUGUGAGGUUUUCUGUGAAUUUAGGAGGAUAGAGAGCAGAUUUUGUAAAACAUAAUUAUGAUUAUGGUUUUGUCAUUCUGUGUGCACAUUUAAAUUUC